UUAAAUAGGUUCAAAGUACAUUAAAUUUCGUAUUACGUAUUUAGUAAUACUCUCAUACAACUACAAAAGUUGUAAUGACAAUUAGAUUUGAUACUAUAAAAAUGAAAUGCAGAACCUAACAAAGAAACAUUGAAAAAUAAGGGUGUGUGCCAAUAAUUUUGGCUAAAUCUCCUAAUACAAGAACAUAUGUUUAGGUACAGCGGAUAUACAAUCUUAAGUGACCAAAAAAUUUUUAUAGGCAGAUAUAGUCGCACAGUUGACCUGAAUACCGAAAUCGUUACGUUUGGACGAAGUGUACAUCUGAAAUAUAUGAAGUGGAGUAAGUAAGAAUGUGAAAAAUAAAAACCAGUUCAAUUUAUUCAAAAUAGAGAUUGACUCUACUUUGUUCAGUGAUCAUUUUGGAUGAUCAUUUUGAUUAGAAAGCGGAUGAAAACAAUACUUUUCCAUGAAUCAUCUGCGUUGAUCAUGCAAAGUGGAAAGAUGUAAAUUCGGCUUUAAAAAAGAUUUCUCUUUCUAUAUCGCCACCUGUAUUCUUAUUCUGCGCGCCAUUUUCAAACUUUUUCAUUCCUCAUUCUUAUUGCACAAACCUGAAUUGCUCUUUGAAGUCUGUCUUAUAUCGAUUUUUACAUUAUGUUCUUAUUCUAUUCGACAGAACGAUCUUACAGAGUAACUACGGUCUUACAUACAGAGUCUUACAGAGUACUUCUUACUCAGUUGUUCUUAUUUUUAUUUACUUAAAUGAUUAUAGAAUUAUUCGAUAUUGUGACAUUAUAAAAUUACAAUGUUUCGUUAAAAAUACAUUUUUUCCUAUAUUUAAUUAACGUUGUUAUGAAUUCAAGUACAAUACAGAUAUAAAUAUGAAUAUACAGCGGCUGACAAAAGUAUUCGAACAUUUACCAUAGAUGAUUUUUAUAAAUAUAUUAUAUGUAUUGUACGAAACUUUUUAAAAUUUCGUUAGCACUAUACUGAGACGUACCUAUCGUGAUUAUAAUAGUCAAAUUUGGAACCAGUCCGAAAAUAUAUAUAGAUGUUACAAGAAAUUUAUUGCAAACAUAUACUUAGUGAAAAAUUAGUAUACAGUAUGAAUAGUAAUCUUAAACAUGCAAUUAGAGCUAAAGAUAAUAUCACUACAUAUUGUGGCUUAUUAAUACAGUAAAUAAUUAACUGUUCAAAUAUUUUAAUGGCUUUUGUGAAGUUUAUGCUUUCAAUAAAUAUCUUAUAACUUCUAUAUUUUUAUAACAUUCCCAACACUGUUUCAAAUUUUACUAAUAUAAUCACGAUAUUCGAAAUUCCAAUACGUAAUUUAUAUAUAAUGAAUAAUUUCAAUAUGUUCCGUGUAAUAUAAACAUACAAAUUUUUUAAGAAUGUUUGGAUAUUUUCAUGAGCUAAGUAAGUAGUGUCUAGUCUCUUUGUCAAGGCUGGUCAAGGAUUCGUCGUGUACACUGUGCAAUGACGUGCAUGAGAACGUUCCUAUAACUGUCCUAAAUAGUAUUAUUUGUUUUAGUGUCCUUCAUAGUUUAUUCAAUAGUAGACUCUACACUACUCUGCAAUCUCUAAUUCAUCACAAGUCACAAGCACCCCGCCUAUAGAAAAAAAGAAGAAAAAAAAUAGAAACAGUGACGUGUACACGAACAUUGAGAACGCUCGAAAACUGGCCUGAAAUGACGUAGCCAGUGGAUCCCAGACUAAGACUAGCCAAACCCGUGCGCGUUAAAUCAGUGUUGCUCACUGUUGGCGAUCCGCGGGCUAAUAGCCUAUAGUGAUUCACUGAUCGCUUAUCACUCCGCGAAACCGCUAACCGUGGCACACGUCGAAUAGAAGCGCGAGAGUGUCAAUUGGUAACAAAAGCACCGGUUAACGAUGGUUGUUAAAGUCUACAUAUCGGGUAUCAGCGGCAACAAGGAAGUAAAAAAGAGGCAACAACGAGUAUUGAUGAUAUUAGAUAGCAAAAAUGUAGAGUAUGAGACAAUUGAUAUAACAGAACCAGGGAAGGAGAUGGAAAAGGAAUUUAUGCAAUCUAAUGGUAUUGCGAGAGAUAGUAAAUAUCCAUUACCUCCACAGAUAUUUAAUGAAGAUGAAUACUGUGGGGAUUAUGAAGAUUUCGAUUUGGCAAAUGAAAUGGAUGAAUUGGAAGAAUUUUUGAAAGUGGAACCACCUGCUAGUGGAAAAGAAAAUGUUCCUGAUUCAAAUCAAAGUGAGGAAAUUCAAGAAAAUGGAAAUACUACAAGUCGAGAGCCUUCCACAGACAAAGAAGCAGCUGCAAUACAAGCAGAAAGUGUUGAAGAAAGAACAACUUUACCAAGUGAAAAUGUACAGUCAGAUGAACCUAAAUCUAUAGAAAAUGAUGGUGAAACAAAACCUGAAGAAGAUACUACAGAACAUACAGAAGAAAAUGUUGAAAAAAAUGAAGAGAAAUCUGGUGAUCAAGAGAAAGAAGAGUAGAUGUGAAAUAAACCCAUAUGAUCGUGGGACAUUUUAUAUUUCUUUAAAAUCCUUGGUUUUCCACCAAAAAGGAUAUUUUAUAAAAGCUAUAUUUAUCACACUUUCUAAGGCUGAGUGAAGGUACUGCCAAGAUAAUAUUUCUGCUUUCUGCAGGAAAUAUAGUUAACAGUAUAAAUGAAGCAUAAAUAAUACUUUUAUAGAAAUAUUUUAUAUUUGAAAUCGAGCAUGUUUUCACCAUCAGAUUUUUUAUCUGACUAGAAGAUAAUGAAUUUCACUUUUCUUCAUAUCAGUAGAUAAUAUAAAUUUUUUAAUUUCUUAUGCUGAUAUUUUACAUUGUUUAUAUUAUAUUUUAUUCUUUAUUUUUAAACGAAGCUCUAAUAAUGUGCUAGGAGUAAUAAAUUUUCAGUAUUGAGAACGCUUUUUUGUCCUGUUACUCGCUAAAACUGUAGCAAUGAAUUUUAGAUAGAUAAAUCCUACUUAGAAAUUUAUUUUUUUGUCUCAAAUUUCUUAUUCAUUAAUUAUUCUUAAUCAUUUUAUAAUUACAUUAAACUGUUUUUAAGAGUUUAUUAAGUGUCCUUGUAUAUUUAUCAGUGGUCCAAGCUAUAAAUUGUAGACUUACCAUUUGUACUGAAGAAUGGCUUCCAUUUACAAUCAUUUGGUCUUAAAUUGUGCUAGUGUCAUUUGAUUGGUUUUGUACGAAAUUUCUAAGAAUAUAGUUUCUUAGUGUGUAGUAAGUUCGGACAGUACGACACUCAGUUUUGUAUGAAAUGUAAUUCUUAUAAAAGACGACACGAAAUUAGUUAUGAUAGGUUGUACCGAUGAUAUCGUAUGCACUAACGAUUUUUUAUGGUCAAAUACAUCCUAAAAUAAUUCUCGCUAUUACUUCCAAAAAACGUUAGGCUUAAUAAUAUAGGUCAGAUUUCUUAGUUGCACGUGAUAUAUCUGAUAAAUUUGUUUAAUUUGUUACGAUUAUAUUUAUAAUCUAAUUCGCAUAGAUAUUCCGUAAUUGAAAACAGGAAGGUAACUUAUAGCUGAUUUCCUUUUCUCAUGCUGAAAAUGUUUACUUAUGAGAUCAAAAAUGAGUGAAAGUUUAAUGGAGAUGUUAAAACCCUUUUAUCAAAGGCCUAUUCAUUAUUGUUUGUACAAAAAAUUUAAUAUUGACUACAUAUAUUUAUGCAGUGUUACUCAUCCAAACAGCUUGACAUAGUUUGUUUUACAAGAUACACAUUUACUGAUCAGAUAAUAGACGGGUAUUAAUCACGAACAAAUUCAAAGCUUUAUGCGAGUGUUAUGAACUGUUUUAUUAUGAAAUGAAGGUGUAAAGUAUCAAGUUCAUUACACUACGUUUAUGCAUGAGAUAAAAAGCCUGACUAAUUUUAAUAUAACGUACCGCAGCUUUUGAAUAUCAAAUAUAUGCUAUUAAAAUCAGACUAGGAAAAAAAGAGAAAUUAAAAAGCUUUACACAAACGAAUCAAAAUGUCCACCUCGUUCUUAUUAGAGAAUGAUAUAUUCACGAGCAACAGGUGUUGGACAUGAGCAUCACAGUUAAUAAAUUUUAACAUUAUAUGUAUUGAAAAUAUAUAUUUACAAGAACAAUGUUCAUUAUACAUGAUAUAUAUAAGUCAUGCCAAUCAUUGUUACAUACAUAUAAAAAUUUACUAAUAAAUACCAUAAUAGAGAAGUUUAAAAA